GAUGGCUGGAGAGGGUCCUCUGAUUUAACCAAAUCUUAAUGGUUCUGAAAUGGGUAGUUUUUGUUCAAGGAGAGGACAAUGUGCUCGAGGAUGACAUCUGAACUAAUUAUUAAUUGUCCAAUGCUGUUUCCAAAAUUAUUUUGUGCAAUUUGAGGUAGAGAUGGAUACAACUUUGAAACCGCUCAACCUCUCAACAACCAUAUAUUUUCAGGAUUAUGGAAACGAGACGAUCAUCAAUCGUUUUGAACAGCCGGAUUGGCAAGUGGCACUGUGGGCAAUUGCUUAUUCACUGAUAGUGAUUGUGUCUGUCACAGGAAAUGUCACUGUAAUUUGGAUAAUUUUGGCGCACAAAAGAAUGAGGACAGUGACUAACUAUUUUAUAGUAAAUCUUGCAUUCUCGGACGUUUCGAUGGCUACUUUUAACACUGUCUUCAAUUUUGUUUAUGCUAUACACAACGACUGGUACUUCGGGUUGGGAUACUGUAGGUUUCAGAACUUCUAUCCCAUCACAGCCAUGUUUUCAAGCAUUUACUCUAUGGCAGCUAUUGCGGUUGACAGAUACAUGGCCAUAAUUUACCCUUUGAAACCAAGGCUGUCCUCCACAUCCACCAAGAUUGUGAUUGGUCUCAUCUGGGCGGUGGCAUUCUCCCUGGCUUUCCCCCAGUGCUACUACUCUGUCACCCAGCAUUAUCCACCACGGACCAUCUGCAUGGUCAACUGGCCUGAUGACUAUGGUGGGAAACACCAUCUCACAUACCAGAUAGCUAUGAUCAUACUGAUCUACCUGCUCCCCCUGCUGGUGAUGUUGAUCACCUACAGCCUUAUUGGUCAGACACUGUGGGGCAGUGAGAUACCAGGGGAGGCCUCAGAUCACUACCAGAAUCAGAUCCAGGCCAAACGCAAGGUGGUGAAGAUGAUGAUAGUGGUGGUGAUGACCUUCGCCCUGUGCUGGCUGCCCUACCACAUCUACUUCAUCCUGGGCAGCUUCAACAAGGAAAUCUACAUGCAAACGUACAUCCAGCAGGUAUACCUGGCCAUCUUCUGGCUGGCCAUGAGCUCCACCAUAUACAACCCCAUCAUCUACUGCUGCCUCAACCAAAGAUUCCGCUCGGGGUUCCGUCACGCUUUCAGCUGGUUACCCUUCAUAAAGGUGUCGGAGGAAGACAAGAUGGAAUUGCAGCACACACAGACCUUCAGGAUGACACGCAGCUAUCGCACUGAGAACACCAAGGGCACUGUGGUCCGCCAUAACUCCACCCAACAUGAUGACCACACCACAGUCAAGCUAAUGAAAUGCUAAGGACACGAGGACAUGCUCAAGCUCAUGAUGACAGUUGCUAGGAGAAGUCAAGUGAAACAAAUCAUGUUAUGAUUGUGUACAGUCACGCCAAAUACCUCGCAGAUGACUGUUAAUCCCGGAGGAGAAUGGGUUCCAGGAGAAUGGGAAGGAGAACUCCCAUGGCAUUAGCACCAGGCCUUAUAUGUUGCUGUGUUUAGGUAGUGAUAUUAUUUGUGUUGUUUUAGCAUAAUAUUGGUACAUGUUGUGUGUUUACCUGGCUUUGUAGACCAGAUUGUGAAACAUGCAAGUGAACCCACUUGUAAAUAUUUGCUGAAAUAUAAAGUAACUGAUAAGAGACUGAUAAAU